AUGGGAGAUUCUGGCGUCAAAGCACCCAUCGACCAUGUUGAGAACAAGACUGACGUCGACGACCUACCGCAGCUCGACAAAGCCAACAAGAUUCUCGCCGACGCGGGAGGCCAAAGGGUUUUCCUGCCUCCGGAGAACAAUUCCCGAGUCCUGAAAAAGAUCGACCUGUUCAUUUUACCGGUCGUGCUUGGGAUAUACUUCCUGCAAGCUCUGGACAAGGCGACUCUGGCAUACGCCUCGCUAUUUGGCUAA